AGUGUGACCGUGAAGGUCCAGUCGCCUAAAUGCAUUUCUGCAUCUAUAUUAAAUAAUUCAAAACGCAUACGUUAUGCAAAUUAUAGCUAAUAGCUUUUUAUAGGUUUGUUAAUAAUUAUUAAAUAUUAACGGUUGUUCCCCUUAUAUUGGGGAACCUCGCCAGGGGCUGAGACAUCCUUCUUAUUAUUUUAUUUCUAAACGAGAUAAGAUGGGAGGAUUUGGAAUUAAAUGAAAUAUAUAUAUAUAUAAAAUAUACAUUGAAUUCGCAAGCGAAAUCGGUCUAUAAAGGACACAUAUCUCCAACCACUUCCGCCGGACUCGCCGCCAGUCGUGCCAGGGAAGUACUUGCUUUUUUCUCCUGAUCCUGAAAUGCGUCGAACCCGCGACCUGUUAAUUUUAUUUUAUUUGCGUUUUUUUUAUUAUUAGUCAACUUAGUAUUUUCUUAGAAGUAUUUAUAUUAGUUUUUUUUAUAAGCAGUAUUAUUAAAUAUCUCUUUAGAAGUACUUAUAUUAGUCUAGUUUUACAAGUAGUGUUAUUAAAUAUCUCUUUAGAAGUACUUAUAUUAGUCUAGUUUUAUAAGUAGUGUUAUUAAACAUUGUAAAAAAAAUGUUGUUAUUAUUUAUUUAUUAUCAAAUAAAAUAAUAACGUGACAGGAGACGUUUGAAUUAAAUGAGAUAGAAAUUCCGAAAGAAGAGGAAAGAGAUUGGGAGAUGCUGUCGCACGGAAGGGCCUGCUCGAACCGGGGUGGUACCACGACCUCACAGAAUACCAGCGUGAAGUAGAGGUUUACCUCUGCGUGAGUGCAGGUGGCCGGAGACCCAAUCCCCCCCCCCCCCCCCCCAUCAACAUGGUAGUGGAGUUAAAUAAAAGACUACCCCAGGAGGGUACCAGCACCCCUGGAGAAUCCCUCGCUGAGCAUCCACUACCAAACUGCUUCACUCCUGCGUGGUUGCUCAGGCUGCCCCGCGUAUUCUGGGGGGGAGGGGGGGGGCAAAAUUCCGCUCGCGACUAAUGCUGCUCGGGGCAAGCGGAGCAAUACAACCAAGACGACCACUGUCACGCUAUCCGUGCAUUUUUGCUGUCCAUUACCAUCUAGAGACGGCGAAGCCGGCCUUGCUCUUUUUAACCGAGACUCAGGUGUCCUCUUCGGCUGAUACUUCAUAUCUCUCCUUCCUGGGGUACAAAUUGGAACACUCCUUUGUGCCCCGGGCUGGAGUUUGCGUAUACGUCAGAGAGGACAUCUGUUUUCGACGCCUCGGCAGUCUUGAAGGUACGGACCUGUCCAUCCUAUGGCUGCGCGUAGACAGCGACGACCAUCCCCGCGUCUACGGGUGCCUUUAUAGGUCCCAUACCAGUAAUGCCGACACAGACCGACUCAUCGACCACGUCCAAAUGGCUGCAGACUCCGUGCUACAACAGGUCCCAUCCGCAGAGAUCGUGAUACUCGGUGAUUUUAACGCCCACCACGCUGAAUGGCUUGGUUCUCGUUUAACCGAUCAUGCGGGUAGAUCUGUCUAUGACUUUGCUUUGGCAUAUGGUCUAACACAGCUGGUUACUUCGCCUACGCGGAUCCCAGAUGUGGAAGACCAUGUACCUUCCCUGUUGGACCUUCUGCUGACCUCUCAUCCGGACGGAUAUCAGGUCUCCGUCGAUGCCCCUCUGGGCUCUUCGGACCAUUGUCUGAUCCGGAGUACGGUGCCACUCACGCUCCAAUCGCAAUUGCGAUCUGCAGCUUGCCGCCGUGUUUGGCACUAUAGGUCAGCUGAUUGGGACGGGAUGCGGUCUUUUUUUGCAUCCUACCCUUGGGGGUGGGUUUGCUUCUCGCCGGAAGAUCCCAGCCGUUGUUGCCGAUUCUGUUGCUGAUGUGGUAUUUCAGGGUAUGGAACUUUUUAUUCCAUCCUCUGUGGUGCCCAUCGGAAGCAGAUCCCAGCCAUGGUUUGGUCGCUCCUGUAAAAUAGCAUUACGCUAUAAGCAGGGGUGCUACCGGGUCUGGGCUGACGCAUCAACGUCUCGGUUACAUCCCGAGACGUUGAUGCGUCACCAGCUGACACCAGCGCACUUAAAAAGAAGUAUAAUUCCGUCUCCAGGUCCUUCAAAAGCGUUGUCAUUGUCAAGGCAAGGUCUGAGCACAUCGGCAGAAUUGGCGAGAAACUAGUUCACCUUCCUUCGGGAACCCGUGCAUUCUGGUCUCUCGCCAAGGCUGUCCAAGGGAACUUCUGUCAGCCAUCUCUUCCAUCUCUGCACAGAGAGGACGACUCACUGGCCCAUGCCGCAAAGGAGAAAGCCGAUCUGUUGAGCUCUCUUUUUGCGUCCAACUCGACUCUAGAUGACGGGGGAACACACCGACGACCAUCCCGCGAUGUGAGUGUUCCAUGCCGGAUGUGCGGUUUCACACAGCGCUCGGUUCGCAAAGCACUCUUCUCCCUGGACGUCAGCAAGUCGAGUGGGCCCGAUGGAGUCCCUCUCAUUGUGCUAAAGACGUGUGCUCCGGAGUUGGCACCGGUUUUAACGCGUCAUUUCCGGUACUCCUACUCCCAAGGCGUAGUCCCGAAUUCAUGGAAGACAGCUUUGGUCCACCCGAUCCCUAAAAAAGGCGACCGCUCAGACCCGUCCAACUACAGGCCUAUUGCCAUCACCUCCUUGUUCUCCAAAAUAAUAGAAUCCAUUAUAAACUGACAGCUCAUGAGGUACCUUGAGGAUCACCAGCUGAUUAGUGACCACCAGUAGGGUUUUCGCGAGGUCGAUCAGCUGGUGAUCUUCUAGUCUAUCUGGCUCAUAGAUGGGUGGAGGCAGUAGAGUCCAAGGGGGAGGCAUUGGCCAUUAGUUUGGACAUAGUGAAGGCCUUCGAUCGGGUCUAGCACAAAGUGCUUUUUUCGAAGCUUCCUUCCUAUGGGCUUCCCGAGAAAUUGUGCAAGUGGAUCACCAGUUUCCUUGCUGAUCGGAGCAUCAAGGUCGUAGUAAACGGUGCAUGCUCUGAUUUCAAGCCUAUCAACGCUGGUGUUCCACAAGUUCCACAAGUUAUGAAAGAAACUGAUGGAAAAAUUUGGGAUAUGCAAGCUGGAUUUAGAAAGGGAAUGAGGUGUACGGAUCAAAUAUUUUCCAUGCGCAUGAUCGCGGAGAAGUUUUUGUCCAAAAACCAAAAGUAUUUUGUGCGUUCAUGGACUUGGAAAAGGCAUAUGACAGAGUAGACAUGGAUGUGUUAUGGCAAACACUGAACUCAUUUGGGUGGAGCGUUGGGUUGAUACAGGCAUUAAGUCUCUUUAUAGAGACUCUAGUGCUUGUAUUUGAAUCAACGGGGCCUACUCGGACUGGUUUGUCAUCCAUUGAGGAGUCAUGCAGGGCUGUGUGGCUUCCCCGUGGCUGUUCAACCACUUUAUGGAUAGAUUCGAAACUGAAAGUUGAAGAAUGUGUGUUAAGAAUGGGUGAGUUAACCGUCAAAUGCCUUUUCUACGCCGAUGAUCAUGUCAUACUUGCGUCGUCGGCGGCCGAGUUGUAAAUGAUGGUUACAUUAAUGAACAGGUCAUUAAAAGAAAGGGAAAUCAAAGUGAACGCAAUUAAGAUGAAAGUGAUUGUUUUUGAAAGAGAAGAAAGUAAAACGAUAUGUGAAAUAAGAAUAGAAGGGAGUUGCUCGAGCAAGUAGAUGAGUUUGUGUAUUUGAGAUGUGUAUUUACCAGGGAUAUGAUAAGGAUAUAGAACGACGAGUGAACGCAGGAAAUAUAAUAAAUAGGGCUCUACAGUCUAUUAUGAAAAGUCAGAAGUGUCCAGAAAGGCACGUAUGGUAAUUUACAAUGCUGUGUUAGUCCCUAUUUUAAUGUAUGGUAGUGAAAAUUGGGUGUGGCAGAAGAAGCACGAAAGUAGAAUAAAUGCUGUAGAAAUGUGGUCAUUAAGGAGUAUGUUAGGGCUGUAUCUGAAUGACAGGGUGAGAAAUAGUGUGAUAAGAGAAGAGUGCGGUUUGUAAGAUGAUGUUGUGACUGGGAUUAAGAAAGGUAUGCUUCGGUGGUUUGGUCGUGUAAAAAGAAAGAAUGAGGAAAGAGUGACAAAGCAAAUUUAUGCUGCAGAAGUGAACGGCAGAGUCGGGAAGGGACGCCUUAGGCGAAAUUUUAUCGACCAAAUUGGCGAUAUAUUGAAAAUGGGUCAAAUUAAAAGUACCUUUAACCGAUGAGUAUGUAUGUAUGUGUAGGUAUAUGAAUGUGGAGGAGGCGAGAGAGGUGUGCCAGGAUCGUACCAAAUAAAAGUCUGAAGUCUCUGCCUACCCUUCUGAGUAACAGGCGUGGGUGAUUGUUUAUGUAAUAAACAUAAGGCUAAGCAUAUAAUAUUACUUUCUGGGCAUUGGUGUGGAUUACACGUUAAGUACUCCUAUUAUAAAUUAAUUGUCUUGUAUUACAUUAAUGUGUAAUUGUUUUUGUUCC